UCCUCCAUUUUUGCCCGAACAAAAAUUCUCAGAAACACCCUCCCCUAUUCCUCGCGGCGGGCAAGGGACGCGGGCCACGGCUACGCGGCAGAUCUCCUCCUCCUCCUCGUCGUCCUUGGCUCCGGCGGCCUCGCCGGCAGGGGAAGCCUGAAGCGAUGGAUCUGUGGAACAAGCUGCGGAGCCUGGACGCCUACCCGAAGGUGAACGAGGACUUCUACAGCCGCACGCUCUCCGGUGGCCUCAUCACCAUCGCCUCCUCCCUCGCCAUCCUCCUCCUCUUCCUCUCCGAGAUCCGGCUGUAUCUAUAUUCUGCUACGGAUAGUAAGCUCACAGUUGAUACCUCAAGAGGGGAAAGGCUACAUAUUAAUUUUGAUGUUACAUUCCCAGCCCUUCCUUGUUCACUUGUUGCUGUUGAUACGAUGGAUGUCAGUGGAGAGCAACAUUAUGAUAUAAGACAUGACAUAAUAAAGAAAAGAAUUGAUAAUCUUGGUAAUGUAAUUGAAUCCAGAAAAGAUGGAGUUGGUGCCCCUAAGAUUGAAAGACCACUGCAGAAACACGGCGGAAGACUUGACCACAAUGAAGUUUACUGUGGAUCUUGUUAUGGUUCUGAAGAGUCAGAUGAUCAGUGCUGUAACUCCUGUGAAGAAGUUCGCGAUGCCUAUCGGAAGAAAGGAUGGGCACUCACCAAUAUAGAAGAAAUUGAUCAGUGUAAACGAGAGGGCUUCGUCCAAAGGUUAAAAGAUGAACAGGGAGAAGGUUGCAACAUUCAUGGAUUUGUAAAUGUCAACAAAGUAGCUGGAAAUUUUCACUUUGCACCUGGGAAAAGCUUGGACCAAUCAUUCAACUUCCUUCAAGAUCUGUUGAAUUUCCAACAAGAAAAUUAUAAUAUAAGUCACAAGAUAAACAAGCUUUCCUUUGGGGUAGAGUUCCCUGGCGUUGUCAAUCCUCUUGAUGGUGUAGAGUGGAUACAGGAGCACACGAAUGGAUUAACAGGAAUGUACCAGUACUUUGUCAAGGUUGUUCCCACAAUCUAUACUGACAUUAGAGGACGGAAAAUCAACUCAAAUCAGUUUUCUGUGACAGAGCACUUUAGAGAAGCAAUUGGCUAUCCCAGGCCUCCACCUGGUGUAUAUUUCUUCUAUGAAUUCUCUCCAAUUAAGGUUGAUUUUACUGAGGAAAAUACAUCGCUUCUUCACUUCCUGACAAACAUAUGUGCUAUUGUUGGAGGGAUUUUCACUGUUGCUGGCAUCAUAGAUUCUUUUGUCUACCAUGGUCAUCGUGCGAUAAAGAAAAAGAUGGAGAUUGGAAAGCUGGGAUAAUUCCAUAUUUAGCAUAUAGUACCCAAUAGGACCAUAGUUUGAAUUAAGACAGCUAAUGCUUGCCUGAAAAAGGUACGAAGUGAAUUCACGAGGAAUUUUGGCUAAUAUGUUGUAAUACGUUUUCUAGCCACUCAGACUUUUGCUGAUUAUUCAAGCCUAGAGCAUAGACAUGUCUGUGUAAGCCGUUGCAUCGCCGCAUUGUGCUAUGUUUUAGGCCAAAUGUACUGUAACAUCCUCCAAACAUUGCAGAAAGUUAUUUCGCUCCA